AUGAGCAGCGCGCCGGAGCUUGCCCGCCGCGAGGGCGCGGUGCUGGGCAGCAUCGUGGCUGAUGCCGCCACCAUGGGCCUCCACUGGAUCUAUCAGGCCGACAAGAUGGCUGCCCUGCUGAAGAGUAAGGGCAAGGAGGCCAACCCAGAGUUUUUCGAGCCCCCCAGCUGCCCCUUUUAUGAGAUGCCGAGCGGCGCUCUGAGCCCGUACGGCGCUGAGGUGGCGGCGCUGCUGCAGUAUGCUGACAAGCAGGGCAAGCAGGGGCUGGAGGGCGCCUCCUGGGCCAAGGCCCUCGCGUCCUACUUUUUGGACACCUACCCAGGCUACCGCAACAAGAGCAUCAAGACGCUCAUAGCCAACCUUGAGGCCGGCAAGUCAUACCCGGAUGUCGGGGACGACGCGGACACCCAGGCCAACAUGCUGUGCAAGGUGCCCGUGGUGGUGGCGCGCUUCGCGGGCAGCCCGGAGCUGCCCGCCGCCGCCGAGGCGGCGGUGCGGGCACAGCAGAGCAGCGAAACAGCGGUGCAGUAUGGGCUGGCGGCGGCGCGCAUCCUGGAGCGCGUGGUGCAGGGCAGCAGCGUGGCCGAGGCCAUCAACUGGGCGCGCGCCGCACCCGAAGUCCCCGCCGCGGCGCGCGACGCCAUCGCCAAAGCAGCGGACGCCGCAGCGUCGCCCGCGCCCUUUGCCGAGGUUGUUGCGGGCUUUGGCAGCUCGUGUGCGAUGCCUGGGGCCCUCCAGAACGCGCUCGUGGCCGCGCAGCGCGCGACCAGCUACGAGGACGGCGUUCGCGCCAACCUGGUGGCCGGCGGGGACAACGCCAGCCGCGCGUGCUACCUGGGCGCGCUGCUGGGCGCCGCGUACGGCGGGCCGCCCGCGUCGUGGGCGGAGAGGGUCACGGGGUUUGCGGCGUUUGCCGCAGCGGCGGAGAGGGUGGCCAAGGUGUGA